AUGGCUGACAGAAUCAAGCAACUUGUAUCUCAUCUUAGUGGAACAGUCAUGACUGCAGAAUUGUGGCAAGACGUCCCCCUCGCGCCCCCCGAUAGUAUCUUCCAAUUGACCGCGGCGUACAAGGCAGACACCUUCAAAGACAAGGUUAACCUGGGUGUUGGCGCCUAUCGAGACAACGACAACAAGCCUUGGGUCCUCCCCGUCGUAAAAAAGGCUACAGCCAUCCUUCUGAAUGAUGAAAGUUUGGAUCAUGAAUAUCUCCCCAUUACUGGUCUCGCAGAGUUCACCACUGCUGCUGCCAAAUUGAUCCUCGGAGCAGACUCGCCCGCUAUUAAGGAGGGUAGGGUGGUCAGCGUGCAGACCAUCUCAGGAACGGGUGCUAACCACCUUGGAGCCCUAUUUUUGUCCAAAUUUUACAAAUGGAACGGACCGGCGAGGGUGUAUCUGAGCAACCCUACAUGGGGUAAGCCUUUUAAUUACAUUCCUAGUAAUAUUUUGGGCACUGAAGGGAGGUCAGCAAACCAUCACGCCAUCUUUAGGAACGUUGGGAUCGAGCCAGUUGAAUAUGCAUAUUAUGAUCCAAAGACCAUUGGCCUGGACUUUAAUGGAUUCAUAGACGCCUUGAAGGGCGCCCCGGAACGAUCGGUCUUCUUGCUGCAUGCAUGUGCUCACAACCCAACUGGCGUUGAUCCUACGCCUGAACAGUGGAAGGCAAUCGCGGAGGUGAUCGCGUCGAAAAAGCACUAUACUUUCUUUGAUUGUGCAUACCAAGGGUUCGCCAGCGGCGACCUGGACAAGGAUGCAUGGGCAGUACGACUCUUUGUGGAGCUAGGGCUCCCGCUGUUGGUGUGCCAGAGCUUUGCAAAAAAUGCCGGGCUGUACGGAGAGCGCGUUGGUGCACUUCACGUCGUUUCGCCGAACACAGAGACUGCGAACCGGGUCAAGUCGCAGCUGUCGGUCUUACAGCGGAGCGAGAUCAGCAACCCGCCGUCGCACGGGGCGAGACUUGUGUCGCUGAUCCUGAAUGACGCUGGCCUGUUCGAAGAAUGGAAACGCGACAUCCAGACCAUGGCAGGCCGCAUCAUUGAAAUGCGACGAGAGCUACACCGCCUGCUGACGGAAAAGCUGCAGACGCCGGGAAACUGGGACCACAUUGUGAACCAGAUUGGGAUGUUCAGGUACGCGCGCGCUUGA